AAGGUCACGACCUGACAAGUUACAUAAUGGGUUUUAAUGAUGAAAGACACUUUUUCUCCGUUUUGGAAGGAUAUCACAACUCCCAUUUAUGAACAUGUGACUUGUUUUUAAUCCAUGAAAAUCUUGUAUAAUUUUGCAGCUACUUCAUGAUGCAUUAAACCCUUCUCUUUUUCUUUGUCUCUCUGCAACAAGAUGGUCAAGUUCUUAAAGUCAGGAAAGGUCGCCGUCAUCCUUAACGGUCGUUACGCCGGCAAGAAGGCUGUCAUCGUGAAAAAUGUCGAUGAUGGUUCUAAGGAGCGUGGUUACGGCCAUGCCCUCGUUGCAGGUGUCGAGCGUUACCCUCUCAAGAUCACUAAGAACAUGGGCAAGAAGCGCGUCGCCAAGCGCUCCAAGGUUAAGCCUUUCAUCAAGGUUAUCAACUAUAAUCACUUGAUGCCCACUCGCUAUGGUUUGGAAUUGGAGUCCCUCAAGUCCGUCCUCACUGUCGACUCUUUCAAGGAACCCUCUCAACGUGAGGAAGCCAAGAAGGCCAUUAAGAAGCUCUUCGAGGAGAGAUACAACAGCGGCAAGAACAAGUGGUUCUUCACUAAGCUCCGCUUCUAAACGAUCGGUCAGCAUUGAAGGCUAGCCAACAAUAAUAAAACUUGAUCUGUUUGAAUUUUUUUUUUUUUUUGGACGCUUUGGUGGCGAAGCUCACUGGCUAAUGAAACCCCUUAAAUUAGACUGAAGUAAAGAUGCGAUUUUUUUUUUUGUUAAUCAUCAUUUGA